AUGAACCUGUUGCGACAGCGAGCGAAGCAGGCGUCCUCCUCAGCGGGCUCUGGCGGAGGCUCGGCGGCGGCGAGGCUCUUGAUGCGUGAGGUGCCGACCCUCAUCGAAUCCCUGCCGGCCGUCAGUGAGGGUCAGCUGACCCUCACUUUCGCCGAAGACCCUAACUCCCACUCCGGCCUCUGGGCCGGCGGCCGCUUCGUCUUCCGCGUUGACGUGGCGCCCGACUACCCCUUCGGCCGGUCCAACGUCAAGUGCCUCACACCCGUCUACCACCCCAACAUCAACGAAGAGGGCAGCGUCUGCUUGAACAUCCUGCGCGAGGACUUCUCGCCGGCCAUCCACAUCGAGCAGAUGUGCCAGGGCAUGCUCUUCCUCAUGCUCCACCCCAACGCCGAGUCGCCGCUCAACGACCUCGCCGCGCGUGAGAUGCUCGACGCGCCGGACCUCUUCGCGCAGCACGUGAGGGUCGCCCUCUCUGGCGGCACCCUCCACGGACGCCGCUACUCGAACUGCCUGGAGGCCUAA